AUGUUGAAGGGUGAUGGGUCGCACCCAUCAUCAUUGAUGGGUGUAGAAUCUGGGACGAGCCAUAAGUUGGGUGACCCGUUGGACCACAAGAACGCCACAUCAACCGAACACAUCGGACCUGGACCUCACUUGAGACUCGGAUCAGGUUACGACGAAUGUGUGUAUUACCACGAAGGCAGCGAUCUCUACGCUGAAGAUGUCGACGGACAACUAGCGGUAAUGCCUGAAGUCCCAGCGACGACGGAAGAUGUGAGGAUCGAGGACAUCCAAUUGUGCGGAUCCGACAAUCAGACGCCCGAAGAGAUCGACCGACUCCGCCAGCGGAUCUAG